AUGGGCGGAUCAGAUAAGCCCAGCCUGACAGUGGUGACAUUCUUUACCGAGGGUCCUCCCCAUGACGCUUGCUUGCCUUUGACAGAGACAGUGUCGGAGCUACAGACUUCUCUUGCGCAGGCAGGGGUGCGGCUGAUUGCCUACACCCCGCGCCUGCUGCAGGAGGAUGAUUACUAUAGAAAGCACUGCCAAACACUCGGAAAGGAAUGCAAGGAGCCAGGGAUGGAGCUCUUGCCUCAUGCAGCCAAGCUCGGCUACUAUGCCUGGAAGCCUUUGGUGAUAUGUAAAGUCCUGUCUCAGCUUCAACCAGGCGACAUGUUGCUGUUCAUGGAUGCCAACGUGAGAAAGUACAGGGACUACAAGGAGGGUCUCUCGGACUUGCCGUCGACCUGCUCACAUCUCCUACAACGAGCUGACAUCUUCGUGCCCCUGGAGGAUGCUGUCUGGAAGCGUAUUCGGAACCACUGCAAGGCGCUGACUCUGGACCUGAUGGAUGCAAACACCUUCCAGAUUUCGUAUGCGCCCUGCGUGUGUGUGAAUCGCAUCUUGGUGCGGAAGUCUCCACUGGCAGAUGCAAUCAUGGCAGAGUGGCUGCAGUGGUGCGCCAACAAGAUGGUGAUUAGUCCCUUGCCGAACCCAUACACACACCCGCUCUGCCUCUUUCACACGCCGGAGCAGGCUAUCCUCGCCAUCCUGUUGCGAAAGCGCGUCCUGGCAGGGGAUCUCCCGCAAGGCUGGCCUUUCUACUCCUAUGCAUGUGGGCAUCGCGUCUUUCAUCUCAGAUCCUUGGAAGCCUGGCCGAUAUCUUUUGUGACAUCCCUGUGCAGCAGACUCCGUGCGAUGCUCUUCUUCCUGCGGCACGCUGCUUUUGCCUUUGUGUACCCCUUCACCGACUCCUUCUGGUGCCAAUUCCCCAGAGCGACUGGCGGCUAUCUGCUGAAAUUUGCAUGGCGCGGCUUUGUGAUGUGCCUCAUACCUUUGCCGGACAACUGUUAG